AUGACAACUCUACCACCCGAACCCUGGCACACAGUGAAUAUUGACUUUAGUGGACCAUUUCCUGGUGGCUCCUAUCUGUUAGUAAUCAUUGAUGCAUAUUCACGUUUCCCGGAGGUGGAAAUUGUAAGCUCGACCUCUGCAAAGUCCACAGUAUUGAAACUUGAACGAAUUCUUGCCACACAUGGCAUCCCAAAGGUGUUAAAGAGUGAUAAUGGCCCACCAUUUCAGAGCCAUGAGUUUAGUGUGUACCUAAAAGAGCUUGGCAUUACCCAUAAACCAAGCUCACCAUUAUGGCCCCAAGGAAAUGGACUAGCUGAAAACUUCAUGAAACCACUUGUGAAGGCUAGCUACCCUACAUGCCACGACUGGCAAGUCACCGGCAGAGUUGCUAUACAACCGUCAGCUUCAAACAAAAUUACCCCAUGUGUUGUUUGA